AUGAAAUUUUCCCACUCGUUGCAGUUCAAUGCAGUCCCUGAAUGGUCGUCGAGAUAUUUGGCUUAUUCCCAGCUAAAACGGCUGAUCUACAACUUGCAAAAGGACAAACUAUAUCAAAAUAGCUUCACAGAUCCGGAGCAGAUCCCUCUACGCGACUCGUACACGGAAAAAUUCGUUAAUGCGCUCGAUAAAGAACUUCAAAAAAUCGACAAGUUUUUCCUGCAACAACAAUCGCGCAUUUUCGGCUCUUACCAGGAGGUGAGGGAUGAUCUCAGCGAGUUCCAAGCGCAACUGGCUCUCCAAGACUUUGGCAGCAGAAGAAGCAGCGUUUCCAACGUUUCCGAUGCGUCUGGAGCGUCGGGACCGUACAUACGUCCCACAACUUCGUACUCGGAUGACGAAGAUAAUGUGAAUAGUAGCAGAGUGGGUAUCACCAACAGUGAUAUGGGUCCAAUGAUCUCUCGCAGCACACAUUACAUGGCAAGACUCGAUCCAGUGAUGGAAGACACAAUUAACCUCAAAAAACGACUGGUCGUGGCGUUUACGCAACUUUCGGAACUUAAGAGCUUCAUUGAGCUCAACCAGACUGGUUUCUCCAAAAUUUGCAAAAAAUUCGACAAGAGUUUAGAAACCAGCAUCAAAGCGGAUUAUAUGUCUCGUUUGCCCUCAAGGACCCAAAUCUUUCGUCCGCAAACUGUCUCAACUGUUGAAGACAAGAUCAACGAUACUAUAGGCAUGUAUGCCAGCUUGAUGGGCACCACUUUCAACGGAGAUGAGGUCCUGACUUUCCAAGAAGCGGAAAGAGAGCUUUCCAUGCAUUUGCGGGAACAUGUCGUCUGGGAAAGAAAUACCGUUUGGAAAGAUAUGAUGAACCUGGAACGUCAGGCCCAAAAUGUCAAGACAUCUCGAGCUUUGAGUCGCAAAGCCCCUCACACCAAGUUUCUCGACGAUGAAGUUCGCAAUUCCCCUUCUCCAGAAGAGCUACCAAACGCCACGUUGACAGAUGCUCUCCACAUGACGCCUGCUCACUAUCUCAAAAUCAUAAUUAAGUCCAGCGGGCUACUGAACUUCAGCGCCAUCACGCUGGUGUUCCUGCUUCUGCUUAAGGUUUCUCCAUUUCAGGACGUUCUGCAAAAGAAUUGCUUUGCUAUCCUCGUAUAUGCAUCUAUGCUAUGGGCUACCGAAACCAUUCCCCUUUUCGUUACUUCACUACUUGUUCCAUUGUUGAUAGUGACUCUUCCGGUAUUAAAAGACGCAGGCGGUCAUGUCAUGGCACCACAACAAGCUUCUCAAUACAUUUUAUCGACUAUGUGGUCUAGCGUCAUCAUGCUUUUGCUGGGAGGCUUCACCCUUGCUGCCGCCUUAUCAAAGUAUAAUGUCGCUAAGGUCGUUUCUACUCAUGUUCUGGCAUCUGCAGGGACUAAUCCCAAAGUCAUUCUGCUUACCAACAUGUGUGUUGCUCUAUUUGUAUCAAUGUGGGUUUCUAACGUUGCUGCCCCGGUACUGUGCUAUUCUAUUAUCCAGCCUUUACUCCGCACAUUGCCAAAAAAUAGCACUUUCGCUAAAUCUUUAAUUCUAGGAAUUGCAUUGGCAUCUAAUGUCGGUGGUAUGGCAUCGCCCAUCGCCUCACCUCAGAACAUCAUUUCUAUUGGAAUGAUGGACCCACAGCCAACUUGGUCUCAGUGGUUCAUUAUAUCGCUGCCAGUAUGCUGUAUUUGCAUUUUUGGGAUCUGGGCCAUGCUUGUCAUGAGUUUUCCUGUGGAGAAAGACUUGAAGCUGCUCCAAUUGCACCCCAUCAGGGAUCCCUUUACUAUUCAGCAGUGGUUUGUGACGCUGUGCACCAUUGGAACUAUAAUACUAUGGUGUAUGGCUAAGCAACUGACUGGCGUGUUUGGAGAAAUGGGAAUAAUUUCAAUCAUUCCCAUCUUGUUGCUGUUUGGUACUGGUAUGUUGAGCUCCAGUGACUUCAACAGUUUCAUGUGGACAAUUGUUGUUUUGGCAAUGGGUGGAACGACUCUUGGUAAGGCUGUGACCUCUUCGGGUCUUUUGGAAUCUAUCGCCUCUAUUAUCAAAGAAUACGUCGAGGAUAAACCCGUAUUUGCCAUUGUCCUCAUCUUUGGCAUUGUUAUCUUGAUAAUGGCAACUUUCGUAUCUCAUACCGUUGCAGCGAUGAUCAUCGUUCCUCUAAUGAGCGAGAUUGGUAAAAACUUGCCAUCAGGUGACCAUUCUAGGCUACUGGUCAUGGUAGCUGCGCUAUUGUGCUCUGGUGCUAUGGGUUUACCAACUUCAGGUUUUCCAAACGUCACCGCGAUUUCUAUGAUAGACGAGCUGGGGGAUAGGUAUCUGUCGGUAGGGAACUUUGUCUCCAGAGGUGUCCCCGCAAGUAUAUGGGCAUACCUGGUCAUAACUACCGUGGGAUAUGGACUCAUGAAACUAAUAGGCUACUGA